UUUCACCAUUCAUUUUCUUUAGUAGCUAUUAGAAGAUAGAUAUGAAAACGGAGAUGGAAGAAGACAAUCAAGUGGAUCGAGAAGAACAACAGUAUCAUCAUUGGCAAGUGAAAUCCCCAGAAAUUGUGGAGAUUCCAGACGAAAGCAAGAGCAUCCUGAGCAGCAGAAAUGGACAAACAAAUGAUGUUUAUGUUGCUGUUGGCAAAGAUGACUUGCAUGUGGUUCAAUGGGUGCUUGAUAAUGCUGUUUCCCCAGGAACUAGAGUCUUUCUUGUGCAUGUCUUCCCUCCUAUUACCUAUAUCAAUACACCAGUUGGAAGGCUUUCAAGAAGCCAAUUGAGCCAAGAUCAGUUGAGAGUCUAUCUGAAUGAAGACCAAAACAGGAGGAAGUAUCUUUUGGAGAAGUACAUUCGCAUGUGUAAUGAUGCCAAAGUUCCGGUGGACACAAUGCUCUUGGAGAGCAAUGCAACUGCCAAAGCAAUCCUAGGCCUAAUUCCUGUUGUCAACAUUACCAAUCUAGUCAUGGGGACUAAAAGGUCUCCUUUUACAAGGCAGCUGAUGAAAGGGCAAGGAAAAGGAGGAUAUGUUCAAAAGAAUGCACCAGAAUACUGUGAGGUAACCAUUGUUUACAAUGGCAGAAGAAUCAUAAAUGGUCAGCUGCAUCCAACAGACAGUAUUCCUUCCAAUCUGGUGUCAAGUGAUCAAAGGCCAGAAACAACUCAUAACUCUGAAAGGAACUUCUUCGACUGUAUUUGCUUUUCAGGAAAGUUCGACUGAAAGUUGAUCUCUAUGGAGUUGUUUUCUUGCAGGGUAUCAAGAAAAUUAAGCCUUGAUUAUAGCAAUGCUACGCUUUUAGACCGAGACUCUAUAGAGGAUGUGGAAUUGCGAUUUGUAGAUAGAAGUUAUCUUGUUCCCUCAAAUGAUAAAUUGAUAUGGUGAAAAUGUUGAAGGUGUUCUCUUUUCA